AUGCCCUCCUCCCAUUCCCCAUCUCCAUCCGCCAGCCAUGUGUCGCCGCAGCAGCCCACGGCCGACUCCAGCAACCCGCCCACCUAUGCUGCCUUCUCGCCCCCGACCCUAGCCCACGGCGCAUCGCACACUCAAGUCCGGUCCGCCAUUCUCGUGCACCAGAAGUCCCCGCUGCUGGCGGCCACUCCUCCGCAGAUAACGCGCGUUCUCGCAUACUCGCAUCCCUUCCUGCUCCCGCUGAACAAGGUGGUGGGGCUGCUCACAUGGACAACCGAGGAUCCAUGGGAGAGCUUCCUUUUGCUGGCUGCCUUUUGGGCCAUAGUACUGUAUGGCGACGCCGUGACACGAUAUGCAGGACCCAUCAUCGUCGUAUUGGGCUUGAUACUGGGAAUGUAUGCGAGGAGGUACUCGCCGCUGUCAUCGACCGGGUGGACGGGCGAGAAGGGUCAGAAGGGCCACAAGCGCGCCGAAUCCGAGAGUAACAUCAAGCAUCACAAGAGCCUGGAGGAGAUUGUCGACACUCUCAAACUCUGGCAUUCACGACCGGCUCGCGUCUCGCGAGCCAUCCUCUGGCGAUCGAAGCUGGUGCGGAGAAUCUGCGUGUUCCUCACAGGCUUGAACUUUGGCGAACCGCGCCCCAAAGAUGGAGGCCCUGCACUUCCGCCUCGAAGAAAGAGCGCCCAAGAGAUUGCGGCUGCUCUCGCCGCGAAACGACGUCCGGACUCGCCCGGCGUCCGAUUUACAUUCAGCAUCUAUGAGAACCAGCGGCGCUGGUUGGGUAUCGGUUGGACGUCCUCGAUGCUCGCCUACGAGCGUGCGCCCUGGACAGACGAACAUCUGAACCCGACUCCGCCAAAGGAUGAGUUUGAGCUGCCUGAGAUUGAAGGUGGCCAUGCGAGAUGGAGAUGGGUACAGGGAAGUGAGUGGAAGGUAGAAAGUGUCGGAUCGGGCAAGGGGGAGAAGCGAUCAUCUGGUGGGGAUGGCUGGAUCUACUACGACAAUAGCUGGCGGGACGGUCGUCCAGGGCAAGACGGUUGGGGCCGUUAUACUCGUCGCCGAAAGUGGUACCGCGAUGCUGAGCUCGUCGAAGUAACCCCAUCGACGGAAGUGACUCCUAUGCCGUCUCCGAAGCUGGAACCCGGAGCGAACUCCACAGAACCCGCAGCGCCUUCACCACUUCAAGCGCAGGUGUCUUCUGACAGCGGUUCCAAAGGCGACAGCACCAACGAAUCGACAAUGGGAGGCACGACACUUCAUGCACACUCGGACACGGACGCAGCGUCGGCUCAUUCCAAACGAAGCUGGUUCAAGAAGAAGCAGAAGCGCAGAAGCCGCAGUCGCAGUCGUAGCGGGAAGGGCAGUGAUAAAGCGGUUACGAUAGCCAGCUCUACGAGCACAAACGUGAGCAGAAGAAGCGAUGAAGAUGAUGAUUUGGCCGCUUUUCAGGGCCCAGCUCGUGAAGACGAGUGGAGGCUCGGCGACGACGUGCGUAUGCAGUUGGAUAUCUGA